CAUCGGAAGGACCAUUUUGAGAGACGAAUUGCUUGUCCGACAGUCGUCAUUGUGACUUCUACUGGUGAACUGGUUAAAAAGAUCAUCAAGACCACUGAGUCCUUCCUUAACGAGUCUGACGAUAAGUCUUCACCUGUGCCCUUCGACGUCUUUUCAGCCAAAGGGGGGAUAGCAAGAUCCGUUCGGCUCUGCUGACUUCCAAGCCAAACAUUCUCGUGUGUACUCUUGGUAGACUGGCAGAAUUGACUGGCGACUCAAAUUUCAGCGCUCGACUUCUCCACCUUCUUGUCAUCGAUCAUGGAGCUGUUUUGGCAUCUGCAGAAAACAAAACCAACAUGGAUCGCAUCAUCGCCUGGGCCAGGUGUGAGAUGUCUGGCCCAAUCAGGAGAGCGCUAACCUUUCCUCUCGGCCCUUGUCCCUUGACGACAAUUGUGUUGAGCCACAGAAUCGACUUCAACCUGGAGCUGCACCGUCAGCUAAGAAAGCGUUACCUCGAGUUCGUCGGCUCGUGUCGACCCAUGCAUAUCGCAUUUGCAAGAAACCCUCGUGUCAACUUCACAGGCCAGAUCAAAGUCCAGACGUGCAACUUCAACACAACCGCCCGGUGCGAAUACUUCGUCAAGACAUUGCUGCCCUUGCAUGCGGAUGAACGCAUCAUCUGCAUUGAUCCGUCGAAAGAACGCGUAGUCGAAGAGAGCGCCAAAUGCAACAGCCUGGGUAUCCAGUCAGAAGCGUUCACCACCGAACCCGAAAGACGCCAAAUCAUCGAGCGCUUCCGCCUGAAGAAGUGCAAGAUCAUGUUCACCACACCCGCCGCAGUCGAAGGAAUUCGAUACAACGACGUGAAAACACUCGUUAUCUUCGCAUCCCCCUACGAAAGCUUCUACACAGACCAAGAUUGUAUGGACAAGCCUGGUGUAUUCAAGCGUCGCGAGGACUGCUUGCGUGACUACGUCGAAGCAAUCGGACCAGCCGGAGAAGAGGCAAUCGUCUACAUAUUCGUAGCAGUGGGUACGAAUCAGAAGAUCAAAGAUGCUAUUGCUCAGGUGAAGAUGGAUGCUGGACUGGAGGUUGAUGCUGUGCUCAAGCCACGCAGCGUGUGUCCUGAUUAUUACCUCUAGGGUACCGACAAUGUCCUCUUCAAUGCCCUAGUAGAAG